UGGUCACAGCUGUGAUGGUAACAGACUCAAAGGAAGAAAGAUGAAGUUCACUGUGGCGACCAUCUUGUGUUUAUCCGUUCUUUUCGUUCACUUCAAUCUCUCACUGGCAACCAAGAAAGGAAAGGGAGGCAUUCUGAGUGUUUUAAAAAAGCCCUUCAAAUCGAAAACAGAUGUAAAUACAAAGUCUAAAGAUACAGGCAUGAAAAAGGAAAAAGGAGGUUACUCUCAGCAGCCAGCAGGAGGGUACCCUCAGUACCCAGGCCACCCAGUGGGUUACCCCCAGCAGCCAGCAGGAGGGCAGUACCCAGGCCACCCAGUGGGUUACCCCCAGCAGCCAGGAAGGUACCCUCAGUACCCCAGCCGACCCGGAGGUUACCCUAGUUAUGGAAGCUAUCCUCAGUACCCAAGUUUCCCAGCUGGUGGUUACCCAUCAUAUGCAGGAGGCUAUGGAAACUACCCAGGUAGUUACAUAAACCAUAACCCAAACAACAAAAUCUUGAGCCCUCACUAUGGCGGCAGCUAUGGAUAUGGAGGUUAUGGAGGAGGCGGUGGUUCUCCCUUCUCCCACUCAGUUCAGCAAAUGGGAUAUGCACCAUCUUCCAAAUCCAAAGGGUUUGGGCGCAGUGCAGCAAUGGCUGCAGCUGGAGGGGCUAUAGCAGGAAUGGCUCUAGGCUACGGGAUGGGAAGGUUCCCUCAUCCACAUUUCCAUUUCCACAGCCCCCAGGAGGAGUACUACUACAACUACUACAUGUACAGGAGGUAUGGCAUGAAGUCCACUGACAAGAACGACUACAGCAGGGACUACAAAUAUGGUGAACUACCUGAGAACUUUGACAGGUUCAUGGAAUCCUGCAUGAGGAGAACCGAUCUUCUUCCAGAGGAGAAUCGAAAUACGAACAAGCAAGAACUCACCAAAACUAAAGCCACAACGACUGCUUCUGUAAUCGCAACAACAACAAGCAACAAUACAAUAAACAACACCAAAGCAGGAGACCUCACAACUAUUUCACCUUCCCAACCCCUGAACAAACCUGAGAUCAAUGCUUCAACUCCUAAUGAAGAUGACACAGUCAGCAUUGUGGAAAUUGGCUACCCAGCACUGAUCAAACAGAUGAAGGUGAGGAGAUGUACAGAGCUUUUCAUAGUUUACUCCGAAAGGCACUUGAAGAAAAAGACCCAGCCGACAGCCAGCAGUGGAGUGCAGGGACUGCAGAUGAGCUUCCACGGGCUUUUAUCUGUGCUCAGCACCACCACACUGAUGCUAGUGAAUAAAAACGUACUAAUGCUGCACAACUAAAGCCAAGAAUCUCUUUGAUCAGAGUCAAAAAAAUAAACAACUAGAAGAUCCUCUAAAGUUGGAAUUCCAACUUGGAAAAAUAAAUGUUUCUCACCAGCCCACAACUCAAAAUUCAAUAUGUUUAUGUUUAUGUGUUUAGCAGAUGCUUUUGUCCAAAGCGACUUACAAGUGAUAAUCGGCAUGUUGCCCUUGAGGCUAACAACAACAAUAACAACAACUUGACAUCAGUCAUGGAGAGGAGGGAAAAAGGAGUGGACAGUAGAGAGGGGGGACGGGUGCAGGGAGGGUGCUAGUUAAGAAGAUGCUCUCUGAAGAGCAGGGUCUUCAGGAGUUUCUUGAAAAUUGAAAAGGAAGCCGCUGUUCUGGUAGUGCUUGGAAGGUCAUUCCACAUUUGUGGAACGAUGCAUGAGAAGAGUCUGGAUUGUCCUGAUAGAGCGGUCCAACAUGGCCGACGUGUGCAACACAUUCUAACUCCCAGCGCGUCAAAAACAAACGCUUGGUCAGCCACCCUCCGCCUCAGACCCCUGACGUAAGGGUUUUCCCCUUUUCUGACUGCAGAUCCCAAUGCAGCGUAAAACUGACGUGAUUAGAUGUCCGUUGAUGCGGCACCAAACCAGCUCAUUUAACCGCACCUAAACCUUAACGUUUCACUAUUUAUAACCUUCCCCUCACCCUCACCCUAACCUUAACCCUCUUGCUACCUAAAACGUUACUCUCACUGUGAUCAAGCGUUUGCUUCCCAUGCAUUCUGACUGUGAAUUUUCGUAUUUGCCGCCCGAGGGGAACGUUAGAACGUACCAUCUGGCGAGGGGGAGGCUACAAAUACCCUCUGCUUUUAACCUCCACCUUGGUAGUUGAUACCUCCCCCUCGCGUUGGCUCGGUCCAAACCCGACCAAUGAUGAGGCAGCUCCUGCCGUUCACUUCAUAGAGCCGGCUUUUAGAGCGACCGACGCGACGCAUCACUAACAUGUUCGCUAGCAAGAUGGUUAAUGUUAGGAUAGGGGUGAGGUCAAGGUUAAAUAAGAGGAUAAGGUUAGGGUGAGGUACAAUGAGCUUGUUUGGUGCCCUGGCUGCGGACAUCCCAUCGCGUCAGUGUAACGCUGCAUUGGGAUCUGCCGUCAGAAAAGGGAAAAAGCCCUUUUCGCACAUAAGUAACGAAAAAGGGCACUUUUGGCGUCAGGGGUCUGAGGCGGAGGGUGGCUGACCAAGCGUUUGUUUUUGCUGCGCUGGGAGUGAGAAUGUGUUGGUAUAACAUGGUUAGAGCUGCUAUGAGAAAUGGUCUAUUUGCACUUCUGAUUAUUUCUAUUUCAUUAAAUCUGUCACACAUGCUGUGCCGAGUUUAAACUACGCUUACUAAAAGUUUUGUUUGGCCUGAGAUGAACUUGACGCUAAAUUAAAACCCUAACCACGAUAAACAUAAACACAUCAGACUACUGGCGUUAUCAUGUAGCUAAAACGGCUAAAUUAGCAUUCCGCUACUUAGUUUGAAGGAGGCAGAAAAGCAGCUGUGGGCCUGGACGUUCGACCAGUUUGCACUUUGGUGCCGUUUCUGGCUCUGUUAUGGUUACAAGGUGUAAAUAAACAGGGCUGCAUGAAAUUUUGGAUAUUUAAUUACAUCGACAGCAUCGCUGCUGUAGGUUAAAGUGACGGUGUGUAUUUUCUUUGGCGAUAGGGGGCAGUACUUACCUAAGUAAUUGCAAGCAAGCGGUAUUUUUGUGUUUGAGUAAGACCUUAUCAACGGAUGGCCAUUAGGAUCGAAAAUUCCUGAGUGCAAUUUUCGAACAAGUACUUCGUCAGAUUGUUCAACCGCAAGCAGAAUGACAACCACAUCAGACUCUUUCAUCACCGACAAUGGACAGGGAGAUAAAUGUGUAAAACAACAUUUAUGAAUGGCAAAAGUUUUGUAACCACUUCUUACAAGUCAGUAAAUGUGUUUCAUCCUCACGGGCUCACGUAGAAGGAAACAUGGCAUCACCCAGAGACUUAGACACGCUCCCAUGUAAUUUAGACCUAAUUGUUAUGGUUAUACGUUACAAAGCCGCCAAUACUUUUAACAGCCGGGCAUCAUUUAAUUCUUUUUCCAGAGGUUAAUGGUAAAAACUACACAUCGUCUCUUCAAGACAAGAAAACCACAAAUAGAAAGUUUAAUAAUUGUAUAGCAAUAAUAUUUUAUGCAUCACUUGUUAAAGAAAGAACGAGAUCGCGGAUACAAGCGGCCGAAAUGAGUUUCCUCCGUAGGGUGGCCGGGCUCAGCCUUAGAGAUAGGGUGAGGAGCUCGGACAUUCGGGAGGGACUCGGAGUAGAACCGCUGCUCCUCCGGAUCGAAAGGAGUCAGUUGAGGUGGUUUGGGCAUCUGGUCAGGAUGUCUCCUGGACGCCUCCCUGGGGAGGUGUUUCGGGCAGGUCCUGCCGGCAGGAGGCUCCCGGGUCGACCCAGGACACGUUGGAGAGGUUACAUCUCCAAUCUGGUCCGGGAACUCCUUGGGGUCCUGCCGGAGGAGCUGGUGGAGGUGGCCGGGGAGAGGACGGUCUGGAGCUCCCUAGUUGGGAUGCUGCCCCCGCGACCCGGACCCGGAUAAGUGGAGGAAGACGACGACGACGACUUGUUAAACAUAUCAUUAAACAGAUACCCGCUGCAAAGUUAAUUAAAUUAAAAUAUUCUGUUCAAAACUGAUUUAUUCAUCAACUUCACUGACUUUUUUUAAAAUUUAGUCAAGACUAACUAAAAUCAUGCCAGUCUCCUCUGACACCCAUAUGUUUGGCUUUAGGUCCAAAUUCAUGCAUUGGUUUUGUGCUUAUAAAUUGUAUUUUCCUUUUCCUGAAAAGCUCUUCAUGUAAAGUACCCCUGAAAUAUGAAUAACUGUUCAUGCAGAAAUCUAAAACCUAAUUUUAUUGUUGGUGUUUUUCCAUGUAUAGAGUCACCAUAGUAUUAACCAUAACAUAAAAUCAAUAAAACAUUAGGUACUUUCUGUUUGUUUUUGUUUCUAAAAUCACUUUAAUACAGAGAUGGAAAAAUAUAAAUAAAAUGACUCUUUUGUAAACAAAAUAUGUUAUUCUUAUCUGUAAAAAAAUAAAAAGUAGCCCCAGUGUUGUAACCACGUCUGGAUUCAACAGUUGAGAGGUUUUGUCUGAUUGUAUGUGUGAAAAAGACCUGCAGUUGUCUGCAUCCAUCGUGAUUAAGGAUUCAUUAAUGCACCACGAUCCACUGAGAAAAGCUUCUAAAAGCUCUCCUAACCACUCAUUUCUCUUAGAGCUCAUUAAACCUUUUUCUCUUCUGGAUCACGGGGCAGCCAGAGGAUCACUAAGAGCUUUUAUUCCAGUGCUGAGACCUACGUUACGCUUUGGCCGCCACAGGAAGGUGCAAUCUGAGACCGAUCAACAGUGAGGCUAGAGCCAUUUGUUUAAAUAAAGAAUCAAAAGUAAACGUUCA